AUGUUCAAACCCAUCGCAUUGGGCCUGAUGGGCCUGCAGUGCGUCGCGGGUCUCCGCUUCGCCAUGUACAUCGACGAAUACCACACAACCGACCUCCCCGGGGCCGAUCAAACCGAGGGCAUCACGCACGCCAUCAUGGCAUUCGCCCCAUCGACACUCUUCAACUCCGACUCCCCCCAACCCUUCACUCCCUUCGAGCCCGUCUCCACCAUGCGUAACCGCUUCAGCCCCGACACCAAAGUCACCAUCGCCAUCGGCGGCUGGGGCGAUAGCUCUGGCUUCUCGGACGGCGCCAAAGACGAGACUUCGCGGACGCGGUACGCCAAAAACGUCGCCGCCAUGCUCGAUGCGAAUGGCUUUGAUGGCGUCGACAUCGACUGGGAAUACCCCGGCGGCAACGGCGCAGACUACAAACAAGUUCCGAACAGCGCCAAAGUCAGCGAAAUAACCACCUACCCACUCUUCCUCAGCGCGAUCCGCUCCGCCAUCGGGCCCAACAAAACCCUCUCCAUCGCCGUCCCCGGAAAACUCGAAGACAUGAUCGCCUUCACAUCCACCACAGGCCCCCAGAUCUGGCCCUCCAUCGACAUGGCCAACAUCAUGACGUACGAUCUCAUGAAUCGACGGAAUAAUCUCACCAUGCAUCAUACUUCUGUCGUGGACUCAUAUAAUACCAUCAAAGCAUACGCGGAUAUAGGACUCCCGGCCGAGAAAACGAAUCUGGGGAUGGCGUAUUACGCGAAGUGGUUCGAGACGGAUCCGGAGGCGGAUUGUAAGACGCAGCCGUUGGGAUGUCAGACGGUGGUGAUGGAGAAUGCGGAUGGGAGUGAUAAUGGGAAGAGUGGGAGUUUGACGUUUGAGAAGAGUGUGAUGAGUGAUCCCCCGGCGAAUCUGAAGACGAGUUAUGAUGGUACGUGUGGGUUUGAUAAGGGGACCAAGUGUCCGGCUGGUCAGUGUUGUAGUCAGUAUGGGAAUUGCGGCACAACCGACGACUUCUGCCAAGCGGGCUGCCUCUCCGACUACGGCACCUGCAAAGGCAUCUCGAUCAUCGAUUCCUGGCGCAGAGCACUAUCCUCCGGCACCUUGGACGACGACAAAGGCGGCCAGUACUAUUUCGACGACGAGGUGGAUGUGUUCUGGACGUGGGAUACCGCCGAUAUGAUUGACCGCAAGUUUACGGAUAUUGUGGAUGAGUUGGGGUUGGGGGGUGUCAUGGCGUGGAGUUUGGGGGAGGAUACCCUUGGUUGGGAGCAUUUGGGGGCGAUGCGGGAGGGGGUUAAUGAACGGUCAUAA